AUGGCCUUUUACGUUUGCAAAAAUAAAGAAAAAAUGCAUUAUAGCGAAUUAGCCUUAAAUGAAAGCUAGGCUAAAAAGCACACCUUGAAUCCAAUCACUACAGGCUCCAGCGUUAUUGGUAUAGCUUUUAACGGUGGUGUAAUUAUUGCAUCUGAUACUUCUAUUUCUUAUGGUGGUAUGUCAAGAUACAAUCACAUUUAGCGUGUUCAUAAAAUCACUGACAACUGUGCAUUUGCUUCAAGUGGAGAAUUUUCUGAUUUUUAGGAACUCUCUCGUUUAAUUGAUGAAAUGACUAAUCAAACUUACUUAAACGACGAUAAGAUCAACUACACUCCUCGUGACUAUGGUAAUUACAUCUCUCAAUUAUAAUAUCACCACAGAAAUAAGAUGAAUCCUUUAUACCUUUGGAACGUCAUCGGAGGUGUUGAUAAUGGCAAGCCAUAUCUUGCUCAUAUAGAUCUUUAUGGCACAUAUAUUGAAACUAAUCACGUUUCAACUGGAUUUGGUAACUACCUUUGCGGACCUCUCUUCGAAAAAGGAUGGAGAGCUGACAUGAGUGAAUAAGAAGCUAAGUAACUAGUAAACACUUGUUUCUAAGCUCUCUUCUACAGAGACGCUAGAGCUCAUGAAACAAUUUAAGUCACAGUUAUUGAUAAAAACGGAGUCCGCAUUGAAUAACCUUACGAAAUCGAAUCUAAAUGGGACUAUUAAGGUUACGUAAAUCGUGCUAACGAAAAAAUACACAAUUAGUGA